UGUCAGUAAGUUUGUUAUGAAGCAUCGUUUUUGUUGUUAUUUAAUUAUUUUGAUUAGAGAUUUAUUUUUCGAUUUCUAAUUCAACGGUGAACAUGUAUGAUCUCGUCGUUUAAAGCUUAUAUUGAAAUAUGAAUUCGUUAUGUUUUUGAUUAAUAAUCAAAUCAUUACUUAAUAAUAGUAUAACAAAUAGGAUUUACAAUCUCGCUGAUGACACAACAUGUUGGGGUUGCUGUCAGCUAGACAGACUGGAUUAGACGAUCCUCUUCGCCUCAAACGAGCUGAAGUUACGAGAAGGGUGCUCAGCUUGGAGUUAAACAAAGACCGGAAUGUGGAACAGAUUCAUGGGAAUGGGGUGAACACUCUUGAUAUCGAAGCUAUUGAAGGACGAUACAUGUUGUCAGGUGGGGCAGAUGGAGUCAUUGUCAUAUAUGACCUUGAGAAUUCCAGCAGGAAGCCACAGUAUACAUGCAAAUCAGUAUGUACAGUGGGCAGAUCCAAUCGCCAUAAACACCAGUUCAGUGUGGAGACAGUCCAGUGGUAUCCACACGAUACUGGCAUGUUCACAUCAAGCUCUUUUGAUAAGACUCUGAAAGUAUGGGACACUGAGACUUUACUUCCAGCUGAGGUUUUCCAUUUUGAAGGGAAUGUAUAUUGUCAUAACAUGUCUCCAAUCGCAAGGAAACAUAGUUUGAUAGCAGUUGGUACCAAAGACCCCAAAGUACAGCUUUGUGACUUGAAGUCUGGUUCCCGUAUACACAUUCUACAGGGUCACAGGGGUGAAGUGCUGUCUGUGAAGUGGUCCCCUCGAUACGAACACAUUCUGGCAACAGCAAGCACUGACAGCAGAGUGCGACUCUGGGAUGUGAGGAAAGCUUCCGGAAGUUUGUUCACAUUAGACCAGCAUAAUGAUGAGAAGUCCAAAGCCUCUUCAGAGGCAGCUAACACCGCACAUAACGGUCAUGUCAAUGGGCUGUGCUUUACCAGCGAUGGGCUCUGCCUUCUGACCACUGGCACAGACGACCGCAUGAGACUCUGGAACAGCUCAACUGGGGAGAACACACUGGUUAACUAUGGCAAAGUCUCCAAUGAAAGCCGUAAAGGCCUGAAGUUUACUGUCUCCAGCGGUUGCAGUCCGGAGUUUGUGUUUGUACCCUGUGGUGGUACUAUUGCAAUGUAUGCCCUUUAUACUGGUGAACUGAUAACCAUGCUCAGGGGGCACUAUAACAGUGUGGACUGCUGUGAAUUCCAUCCUGAUUUCCAGGAUCUAUACAGUGGGGGCAAGGACUGCAACAUCCUUGCCUGGGUUCCAACACCUCGCAAACCUGCUAUUGAAAAUGAGGAUGAAGAAUCCAAAAAAACUGGAGGACAGUCGAGCUUCAAUCCCGCUUUUCAAGAUGCUUGGAGCAGCAGUGAUGAGGAGGGAUGAACCUCUGCUAUCAUUGAAUGAUGGACUUUUUAUUGAACUGUAAACUCAUGAAAAUGGAGGUCAAGACUGUAUUACCUUGUAGUAACAGGGUCAGGAAGCAGAGAACAGUAAUUCUACUCCAGGGCUAAUUAAGUAGAAUAAAAUAACUACUUUGGGACUUGGAUGGUUUAAUUGAUUUGGAUUUUUUUAGAACAUAGUUGGAGUAAACAGGUGUAUCUGAAGGGCUAAACACAAAUGCAUUGUAGCUCCCUUUUUUUAGACUUUUCCAACAGAAUAUUCAGAGGAUGUACAAAAAAUGCUAAUCAUGUGCCAUAUGUAACACACACACACAUGCUUUGUGCAAAUGGGCUGAGGGGCAGUACAGUUUGAUUUCUUAAGCAAAUGGAAUCUGCGAUGUGUAUCUGGAUUAAAUAAAAACAGUUUUAGUCGCAAUGUGCAACACAGCUGAUCUGUAACAGUGAAGGCUAUUUCGUUUCGGUUCCUUGAUUUAGACACAAGAAAUCCAAAAAGGUAAUGUCUUUCAUGAAAAUCUGGAGUGGUAAUAAUAUCCUGUCUUGAUAAUACCACUUUGCACCAUAGCAUUUUAUAACUUGAAACUGUCAUCUGGUUAAAUGAUUUACCAUGCUCAAUAACCAUAUAGAAAACAGAGGAGACAGAUGUGUUUUCUUUAUCCAUGUGUAACUUUUUUACCUUCAUAUUUAGGAUUAUUUCUGAAUAAAAUUUAUAAAUUUAUAAAAAAAAAAAAAAAGAUCCUCAGAAAACAUGUUGCUGUUAAUUCUGUUUUUUCUCCUAAUGUAUUCUGUCUAUCAAGGUGAAUAAUGCAUUUUAAACAAUUUUACAUAUUUGAGUUUAUUUAUUUAUCCAUUGUGGGGAAAACCAGAAUUUGAUUAGAUAAUUCAUGCUUACGGGGCUACCAAACUGAUACAUUUUCAAGUUCUUUUUUUUGUUUUUAAUGGAGACUGGGAUACAUUAGUGUGCUAAUUGCAGAUCGUGACAUUAUGAGUAGUGCUAGUUAUGUAUAGUACUGAUUAAAAUUAAACCAGAAACACAUUCAUUAUCAUCAUCUUUAUCAUUUAACAUUCAGCCAACCAAAAAUGUAUCCUAGGUUAAGGUGUAGCUAUCAACACUUCUCUUACACUUACCAUUUUUCUUUGGAAUGCUUUUUGGUCAUCAUUUCUCCUCUUUUUUAGUAUAUUCCUUUUGUAUAUUCCAAGCUAGAUAGCACACCAGGGAUUGAGCAAAAUGGUGGUAAUAAGUUCACCAUAACCCUAGCAAAACAUAAAACACAGAGUACAUGCUGAUAGAACAAAAACAUCUAUUUUGAGGGUGGAAAUAGGGGAGACCGGGGCUGGUUGUCACACUUCUUCUCUUUAUUAUUUUCCUCAAUCUGGUGACAUGCUGCGAGGUUCUCAUUAUAUUGAAGAAUAAUUCCUCACGUGCAAAUUGAUGUUUUUUUAUUUCAACAUAACUUUAUUCCAAAUAUGAUAUUUAGAUGGUUGAAAAUG